AUGUCGACCAAGAUUGCAAUUCUUCUGGCCCUUCUGGUUGCGGUAGUUGCCUGCGUCCAAGCCCAGGCCGAUCAGCAACCCCGGUUCGUACGACCACUCCCCCGAUUCCUGCCAAAGCCACAGUAUGGCGUUGGGCAUCGCAUCGUAGGAGGAUUCGAGAUCGACGUGUCUGAGACUCCGUAUCAGGUGUCGCUGCAAAACAAUAAACGACACAUCUGUGGAGGUUCCGUGCUCUCCAGCAAGUGGGUCCUGACGGCAGCUCACUGCACUGCUGGAGCGUCGCCUUCCAGCUUGACGGUGCGUGUUGGAUCUUCGGAGCACGCGUCCGGGGGUAAAGUCGCACGCGUUGCACGCGUUGUGCAGCACUCGAGCUACGACGACAGCACAACAGAUUUCGACUACUCGCUGCUGGAACUGAAAGACGAGCUUACCUUCAGUGAUAAGGUGCAGCCAGUUGCUCUUCCCGAGCAGGAUGAAGCAGUGAAGGAUGGAACCAUGACGACCGUGUCUGGUUGGGGAAACACCCAGAGUGCUGCUGAGUCUAAUGACGUCCUUCGGGCUGCCAACGUACCGACCGUAAGCCAAAAGAAAUGUAACAAGGCUUACAAACAAUUCGGAGGAGUCACUGAACGUAUGCUGUGCGCCGGAUACCAGCAGGGAGGAAAGGACGCUUGCCAGGGAGACUCUGGCGGUCCGCUGGUCGCUGACGGAAAGUUGGUUGGUGUCGUAUCGUGGGGCUACGGAUGUGCCAAGGCUGGCUAUCCAGGUGUGUACUCGCGGGUGGCCACUGUCCGCGACUGGGUUCGUGAGAACAGUGGAGUGUAA